UCCGACACUUUAGUUGAAAUCGAGCUUUACUACAAUCAACAUGUUUACAUGGAGCAAACUCUUACACUUUCUGCUCUUUGCAGUUUUAUGUUUGGCGAUUUGCGAUAUCGCAGCAGGUGCAGAGCGGAAAUGCGCCGAAUACAAUGAAUAUUGUCAAGAACAUUGGGAAUGCUGUUCUAAUACCUGUUUAACCUACUCGUACCGUUGCAUUGGAAAGAGGCGUCCCGGCCCCAUUGUUGCACAACCGGCCAUGACAUUUGAUGAGCUCUUAGAGAGCAUUGCUGAGUUCAACAUGAUUCCAGCUACAACAUACAAUAGCCAGCCACAAAGUGACCAGCCAGAGAAAUCUGGAUUAACAUUGAAAAAUUUGCUAGGUGCCCGUGGUGAGUCGGAGAGUGUAGCAGCGGCUGGGCCAGUUAUACAAGAACGAUUUGGCGGCAUUGAAGUCGGCGACAGCAACGCAGCAACUACAAAUGGUCGUGAGUUCAUCUUCUUUGUUUUGCAACCACAAGAUACACCACGGCAACCAAAGCAAUUGAAAGAAGAACAAGCACAAAAGCCGGAUGAGAUGCCAACUGAUGUACCAGCAACGGUGAAGGUAGAAGAUGGUGCAGAAGUUACAACUGAAAUUGAGACUGAGCAAGCAUCAGCGCGUCAAUGCAAAUCAAUUGGAGAGAAGUGUUAUCGUCACGAAGAAUGUUGCACCCAACGCUGCCAUGGCUUUUUACAUCAAUGUGUUACAUAAAAAAAUCGGGGCGUUCCUGCAAUCUUCGCGAACUUAUCGAUUUUGUGCUUUAAUAAAAAUAUUAUUUAUGUGUAUUUAAAUGAACAGAAAUUUAUCUCGUACGAAUUCGCAAAGAAUUUUUGUACUAAUUGAUAAGUAAACAAAGAAAAAUAAAAUAAGAAAAUAUUUCCAUUUGA